AUGGCAAAUGGAGUUGUAAAGGACAAGAAGUUGAAAAGAUCUUUGAAAGAUGACAAUGAAUCAAGAUCGGUCAAAAGGAAAACGGCGCAUGAGCUUCAAGAAAUUGGAGACAAACGAAAUGAUAUCGGUUUUUUCUUGAUAAAUACGGCAGAGGGAAAGUUGUUGCUGAACAUCUUAAAGGAAGGCAAUUCAAUGUGCUUGUGUACGGGCUGUGAUCGCGGCUCUGGUGAAGAAGCAGACAAUAUUGCAGUAUAUGAGCAUAGUGUACUAUUCAACAGACCUUCUUGA